AUGCGCCGGUGGCUCCUAGCAGCUCUUCAGGUCGCGCCCAUGCUCGCACUUCCCCUCGCUCACCACAGCGACUGGAAAGGAAAAGAAUGGGAUCCCAAGGUUGAAGUCUUGAGCUUUGACUUCCAGCGAGGUUCUUCUAGUUUUGCUGUUGGCCCUGGCCUGAGUACAGAGCUGACGAGUCCAUUGGUCUUCGUCCUCCAAGUACAUCCUGUUCAGGACCCACUAACUUCCAACAUCUCCUUGAAUGGCCAGGCUCUCAACAUAGCAUGGAAUCAACUACCCGAGCCACAACCGUAUUACUAUGAGCGAUAUCCCAUCACUGGCCGCCUAAAGCAWACUGUUUUCCUUCCCGACAGAUCAGGAAUAUCCCAUUCUGUUGAUCUCGAGAUCGCUGGCUGGGGCGACAUUCAUCCCAAGUAUCCUGCUGCUUCCACCCCUGAAGAUGCCGAGCAAUUCAUCCACAUAACCGUCGAAGCUGUCGAUGGAUCUGUUACAGACUGGACAGUAGCUCUCCAUUCCCGGCCUCUUUCACCAGGCCGUGGUCUACUAAAACUAAUGGAAGGCUUUGAGAACCUAAGCCAACGCGACCAUCUUCACAGACAAGCUGGCUUUCUCAAUGCUUCUCCAUUGGAACAACUAACUUACAUUCGUCAUGUUGAGGACGACGAAUUCGACAUUGAGGAAGAGAUUGAGUCUCUGCUUCUCCUUGAAGCCGAAGCUGGCACACUGGACGUUGAGAUUGCAGCCAGGAAGAAGGCGAUAGCGAAGUGUUUGAAGAACCAUCGUGAUCGUGCCACUCUCCGUCACCUCCUCCAGGAAUGUGACGGCAUUGUCUGCGCCGCGAAGGUCAUUGCUCAGAAAGUGUGCGACAAGAUAGGCAUCUUGACAGAGCCAAACUUCCACUACGCCCAGGUUGAGGACCCUCGCACCCAGAAGUUGAUUCAGAUUGAUGACGACAGCAAGCCAUUGAAGAUACCAGGACUCGCAGGCGAGUUCCAAUCACUUUCGGAGAAGCCCAAAAACGGAACACUAUCUGGAAAUCGGUACUUCGCGCUGCACACAAGUUCUGCAGCUGUCACGGRGUCAGUUACUGUGGUAUAUCCGCAAAGCGUUCUCUUUCGUGUUCUGGCACUGAUUGCGACCUCCAUUGGUUUGACGGCUCUAUGUGCUUUCAUCAGACGGAAGUGCAUGUCCGCUCGCAAGCAAGUGGAUCGCCUAGCAGAGCGUGAAGAACGAAGGAAUGCCCGCGCGUAUCGUCGUGCAGCUCGUCGAGCAGAGAUGCGGCGGCGUUGGGAUGCGCUCGUUGCUACAGUCAGCUGUUUCAGAGCGCAGCCUGAGCCGAGGAUGGAAGAUUAUGAGGAGAAGCGGGCCUUGAUCCUACAAGAUGCCUUCAUGGAGCAGAGCAUUGAGGCAGCUGAGAAGGGUGAGGUCAUGGAGGCGGAAAUCCGCGAACUACGCCACGCCAACCAGAUCGUGGCCAGUUUGGUACAUGUUGGGCCAUCAAACUCUGCGGCCCCUCCUCCAGCUGUCAUAGUGGCCCGCUCGCGAGCAAGCACCGGCACUCUGCCCUCUUACACCAGCGAAAUUUUACCCGACUAUCGAUCCCGCUACACCAGGACUGAGCAGGGUAGCAAUGCUACAAGCAGUGUGAGAAGUGACAGCCUCGUCGCUGCCAGCCUCGAUCGCUACACAAUCUCAUCUUCCUCGGAGGAAGCCUUUACAGGCAGUACUCCUCGCUCCAAUAGCCCCGAAAGCAGUAUUGGACGCUUUACACAGACGAGCAGCAUCGUGGAUUUUUCACCCAGACCGAGCGCGGAGACGCUGAGGACUGUCACGGUUGGACGGGUAUCUAGGGAUAUGAAUGAGCUGUGA